CAUUGUACUGAGUCAGCGGCCAUGCGCAAAUGGAUCCAGAGGAGGGCUGUGCUGUGUAGUCUACAUAAGAUCACUGCCUGCAGGGCUGCACACAUAGCCGAUUGGAGAUCACAGGCAGCAGCUGGAGCCUUGACCUGCAUAAAUCUUUCACACGCACUGAUUUUACGAGGGAAAACAUAAAUCCACGACAGCCUGACGGGCACCUUGGAGUCUCACCAGCAACCCUCCUCCUCCUCCUCCUCUUCUAAUGACUGACCAUCUCGGACCACGCAUGCAGAGAGCAGCAACGAUGCGGCGGCUCUGCUGUUAACUCGCCCCCAUCUUUCUGCUUUUUUUUGCCGGUUCUAUCUUGGAGGAGGCAGAAUAAAUCAAACAUGAAGCUUAAACCAAACCAGACUAGGACAUACGAUGGCGAGGGCUUCAAGAAACGAGCAGCGUGUCUGUGCUUCAAGAAUGAGCGUGAAGAGGAGGUCCUGCUGGUCAGCAGCAGUCGGCACCCGGACCAGUGGAUUGUCCCUGGUGGAGGGAUGGAGCCGGAAGAGGAGCCGUGUGGCGCUGCGGUGCGAGAAGUGUUUGAGGAGGCCGGUGUGAAGGGCAAGCUAGGACGUCUGCUUGGUGUGUUUGAGCAAAACCAAGACCGGAAGCAUCGGACGUAUGUGUAUGUGUUGACUGUCACCGAAACGCUGGAGGCCUGGGAAGACUCCGUCAACAUAGGCCGUAAGCGGGAGUGGUUCACCGUGGACGAGGCCAUUAAAGUACUGCAGAGCCACAAACCCGUCCACGCAGAGUACCUGCGGAGACUCCAGCUCAGCUGCUCCCCUACCAACGGAAACUCCAUCCUCCCGAGCCCGCCAGCAAACGACAACUACCCCCACUACAGCGCUACCGCCACCUCGCCCUCAACGGGCAGCGUGUUGGGCCCCUCCUGCAGAUAGGACUGCACCUAAACCCUCCUGUCCUGUCCUUUCCAGCUGCAAACAUGGGCAGUACUGAAAGUCUGUACAGUCUUGCAUGAAUCUAUGACUUUUCGGGGUUGCGGCUCCAAUGUAUGUAUAAUUUCUAGUCUUAGCUGCAGGACAGACCAAAGCCAUUGCCGGGACUGUGUUAAAGACUCAUGUGACUGUCACAUCUCGGACAGAAAAAACUGUGGAUAUGGCUUACUCAAGAACACUUUUGAUUUGCUGGCAAACACCAGACUGAUGAGCCGGAGUUUGGGAGGAGGAGGAAGCUGCUGACUGCUGGCACGAAUGACACAUGUGAGACCUGGUGAAGGAAUGCCUUACAGAAACUUAUACUUGUAUGAAUGUUGUAUUUGGGUCAUUUUAUUUCACUAACGGUUAUUUUUAUUUUCUUUUAGCAGAAUGGAUAUGCUUUCUAGUCAAUAAGGGGUAAUUGACCCCAAAGCACGUCCAUGAUGGGGGAAUGUUUGUUUUCUAGACUUAAUGAUGUCUCAGUCAUCAACGCAUGAUGAUAACAGCAGAUAUCAUAUAUGACUACAUGGAUCUAACAUAAAAAAAAGACACCACAGCACUGAUUUGUUUGAUUUUAAUGUAAAGCAGAAUUUUCUUUACACCAUGAUACCAUUAAUUAUUAACACAACAAAUGAUUAAUGACCUUUUGAAUUGGCUUAAAAUGAUAUAUCCACCUAUUAACAUCUUAUUUAAACAAAAAAAAGUAUGGUGGCAUUAAAAUAAGUGACAGUAAUACACUUUACAUUAAUAAUAAUUUUUAUUUAUAAUACAGAAUAAAAUGAAAUGAAAGUUGUGGCCUUUUUAGGGUCAAAAGGUCUUACAGGAACCCGUAUCAGCUGUCGGUGAGUUGCUACCUCAGAAAACUGAAGACUGGAUGAGUCACGAUGCUGUUUGAUAUCCUUUGACACAACACUACGGUGUUUAUAGUUAAACUUUAGCCAAAGUGUCCGAGUCACGAGUCAGCUAACCUUGACUGAUCCAACAAACUUGUCUGUUUAAAGCCACAUACCUUACAUCGAUGCUUAUUGUUUCCCAUUUAUACAAAGUAAAAGUGUUUAACGGGGCAGACUUGGGUAUAAUGUGCUGCCUUGAACCAUAGUUGUGGGUCAGUUCAGUUUGUUUCAACUCUGUUAAUUACAAAAAAAAAAUGAAUGUGGGUUUUCUUCAAAAUAUUUACGCAGCAGUUUUUUUUCUUCUCUCACUGGGACUCCUCAUGUUACAACUAUGCACUCAUGCUGCUGAAGGCAAUUUGGCUAAAACUGUCCACCAAAUGACAUGAUUGCAAUGUACAUGACAUUUUUUUUUUUUUUUCAAUCAUCUACAGUGGAAUUAUUUGUCUCCCAGGAGGCUUUGAAGAGUCGCUGAUCUCAGUUUGUUUCUCAGAUUGAGAAUCUAUCAGGAAAAAGUCUUUAUUGGUUCAAAAAUAAAAAGUAAUGCCGUUUUAAUAUAAAUAUUCUAUUACUUUCUGUUUGAUUUUCAUCACUGCUGAAACAAAACAUAGAAAAUGAAGACAGAAAUCCAUACAUAAAUGGCUCAUAUUAGCAGUUAACAUGUCAGAUUCAACCAUCACUCAAAACACCCGCUCAGCCCUGUGUUGACCGCUGAAUGACGACUAGUGAACACGCAGAGAUUUGUAAAUAGCUUUGAAGAGAAAUAUUGAAAAAUGUGUUUUUAACCUGAAUGAACCUGUACAUUUUCUCGUAAUAUUUUAUAUAUUUUUUAACAAUGUACAAAUGGCAGAGAAAAAAAAAAAACAUGUAGAAGACCCCCCCCCCACUGAGUAUGUAUUUGUAUCGAUGACAACGUGCCACAGGUUUAGGAUGUGAAGACUAGUUUGGUUUGUGUCUCAGUAUGAAAUGUUGAGGGUGGAAUUAAUGCGUUCGAAACAUGAUUUGAAGAGUUUAAUAAGACAUGUAGUCUUACAGACAGCACAGACAGGAUAGUAGGUAAUCUAAAACUUCAGGUGGACAAAGAAUUCACAGACUGGAUUUAAAAUUUUUAGAGAAAUGGGCAGAAAAUGUAAUGCUUUUUUUAAAACACUAUAUAUCUAUAUAUAUAGUGAGAGAGAGAGCAUUUUGCUAAUUAACCUGUGUUUGUUAUGGCCAACCAGGCACAUGAAACGACUAUCAAGGAGUAUACAUAUAAAUGAGGAAAUUGGUGUUUCUAAAAUAAAGACAUGUAAUGUUUUGAGGUUCCUGGAAAGGACUGUAAGGAUCAGAUGAAUGUCUUGGAAAGAAAAUUUGCUUUAAGUUGUCAUAAACUGACAGACAAAUGUUCAUUCAUUCUGUUUUAUAGCGGUAAAAACCUCCUUUAUCAUUUCCCAUGCCACACAAACAUAUAUCAUGCUUUAAAAUCUUGCUUUCCUGUAAUGCCAUAAUUACAAAGUCUGAUAACUCUGGAGUAUCAUGAGCUCUGAUACAGUGAUUCAGCCACGCCUUGUUUGACGGGUUAAAUGAGGACACUUCAGACCUCUUAAUGUAUGUAUGAAAAUGUAUUUAAAGUGGGGUUGAUGAAAGUGAAAUAUGACUUGUGCCAAAUUAAAAAAUGUGUCGGUGUUCA